AUGGCUACCUCGAGCCGCUUCCCAAUCAAGUCGGAACUCAAAGAAUAUGCUCGUCGCCGCGCUUCCACCGGUCGCUACGCUGACACCAUUACUCCUGACGUCCUCAUCGUCGGCGCUGGUUUCGCUGGCGUCUACCUCCUCCACGAACUUCGAAAACGGGGUUUCGACACCGUAAUCUACGAAGCCGGUGACGGUCUCGGCGGCACUUGGAGGUGGAACCGAUACCCUGGAGCUCGAGUCGAUUCUGAAGUUCCAGAAUAUGAGUUGAGCAUUCCAGAAGUGUAUAAAGAUUGGACCUGGUCGACAAAUUACCCAAAUUAUGAGGAGUUGAGGGCGUAUUUUGAUCACGUUGAUAAGGUGCUGGAUAUCAAGAAGGAUUGUGCAUUUGAGAGUGUGGUUGUGGAUGCACAGUUUCAUGAAGAUGAGGGAAAGUGGCAUGUGAAAACGGAGGAUGGAAGAGAGGCAAUCGCCAAGUUUCUCAUCGUUGCUGCUGGUUUUGCUGCCAAGCGCUAUAUUCCUGAGUGGAAGGGUUUGGAAACUUUCAAGGGGAUCAUGCAUCACUCAUCUUUUUGGCCGGAUGAAGGGGUUGAUGUGAAGGGAAAGAAGUGUGCAGUCAUUGGCACUGGCGCCUCCGGCGUGCAGAUCGCGCAGGAAUGGGGUCCAGAAGCAGGCGAGCUCACCGUCUUCCAGCGGACUCCAAAUCUUGCCAUCCCUAUGGGCAAACGCCCGUUGACCGCAGAAGAGCAGAACAUUGGGAAACAGUGGUAUCACCGACUCUUCGAGUUACGCGAAAAGUGCUUUGGAGGAUUCUUCUUCACUUUCUCUGAGAAGAAUACUUUUGAUGACACGCCAGAGGAGCGCGAGGCUUUCUUCCACGAACUGUGGGAUCAUGGUGGAUUCAGAUACUGGCUGGGCAACUACAAGGAUUACCUCUAUGACGCCAAAGCCAAUAGAGCCGUAUACGACUUCUGGUGCAAGAAUGUUCGAGCCCGAAUUGGAGAUCCCAGGCUUCGUGAUCUACUUGCACCACUGGAGCCUCCCCACCCAUUUGGUGUCAAACGACCCUGCUUGGAGCAGAACUACUACGAACAGUUCAAUCGACCCAAUGUUGAUAUCAUUGAUAUCAAAGCAAACCCAAUCGAGGAGUUCACUCCAGAGGGAAUCAAGACAGCAGAUGGAAAGGUUCACGCAUUUGAUGUUAUCGCUAUUGCUACUGGAUUCGAUAUCACUACUGGUGGUAUGACCAACAUGGGGUUGAAGAGCAUCAACGGAACCACUUUGAAUGAUGAGUGGAAAUCCGCGGCAAACACUUAUCUCGGGACCACUAUCAGCGGCUAUCCAAACAUGUUUCACCUUUACGGACCACAUGGCCCAACGCUCUUAAGCAAUGGCCCUUCAACUAUUGAAGUUCAGGGAAGAUGGAUCGUGGAUACCAUCAUGAAGGCGGAGAGAGAAGGUUUGAAGUACAUCAAUCCAACGACGGAAGCGACGAAGGAGUGGAAGAAGAAAAUCAAUCACUUGUCUGAUAUCAGCCUGUUCCCGACUACUAAGUCGACAUACAUGGGAGGGAGUUUGCCAGGGAAGGCAUUCGAGCAGGUGAACUAUGCAGGUGGAAUUCCGGCUUAUGCGGUGGAGAUCAGAAAUGCCUUGCCUGAAUGGAAGGGCUUCACAACUGUGAAAGUAUGA